UCUUCCGUAUACGUCACACUGGCGGGAAGUAGUAGCUCCUUCGUAAGGUGCAGUACAGGCGUCUUUUUAAAGUAUUUUACCUUUGAACAUAAGUAAAUCUGAACUAUCUUAAAUGUUAUAUAUUAUAUCCUGACUGCCACUACUGCUGACAUGUCUACUUCUUCUGUGUCAAAGGGCUGCUUUGUUUUUAAGCCAAGCGCUAAGAAGAGAAAGACGCUCAGUUUGGAGGAUCAUUUCACCAAUGGCUGCGAAGGUGCUGAGAACAGUGAAGUACGAUUUAAACUUUGUCAAGAUCUAUGGAACAAAAUUAAAACAGACACUGAGGUUUUACAGGAUGAACUCUACAGGAAAAUAUUGGACAGUUUACUGGACUUCACAAGGAAGUGCUCCUCCACUCGCCAACACAGAGACUGGGCAUCACAGAUGAGGGCCAGUGAGAUUCCCACAGCAGCUCUUGUGCUUGGUGUGAAUGUCCCAGACCAUGACAUGACCUUCCAGAGUCUGUCUGAACUGCUCCAGCAGUCUGUCAGUCCUUAUGUGGCCUCCUUACAGGCCAAAGAGUGUGGAGUCCUGAAGCAUUUGAUGAAGAGAGUCUUGGAGAGGUUGAUGGGCACUGAUGUGACUGUGGAUGAUGAGGAAGACGAGGAGGCUGAGCAGACCAGUAAUCCUCUCCACAAGAGCGUGCACUGCUCUCUCAGUACACUGUGUGACUGGUACAAUACAAAAACAAAGAAAUCAAACACAGGUACUCCAGGAAAAAAGCGCAGUUCUCCUGUCAGAGAUGAUCCCCAGCAGCCUCCUGUUGUCAUUAUUUUUAAAGAUUUGGAGGCUUUCAACCCAAAAGUUCUUCAGGACUUUAUACUCAUCUGCAGCCGGUACAUUGAACGUCUUCCGCUGAUGUUCAUCUUCGGUAUUGCCACAUCACCAAGCACCAUCCAGCACAUGCUGCCCCAUUCUGUGUCCUCCCUGCUCUGUAUAGAGCUCUUCCAAUCCCUGACCUGUACGCAGCACCUCUCCACAGUCAUAGACAAGUUAAUUUUGACGCCUCACUUCCCUUUUAAACUCAACGGCAAAGUGAUGCAGGUGCUGAUCAGCAUCUUCCUCUACCACGAUUUCUCAGUGAGAAACUUCAUCAAGGGCGUUCAGCUGGCCCUGCUGGAACACUUUCACUCUCAGCCUCUUAGUGUGCUGUGUUGUAAGAAGAAGGAGGCUCUGCUCAAUGCGAAGCAGCUAAGUCACCUCGACUUGGAGAGGAUCAGGAAUCUGCCGUCCUUCAAGAGGUAUGCAGAGAAGCAGGAACCUCAGGUUCAAGUGAACCUUUUGACAGAUGACACUCAUUUAAAGAAGCUGAUAAAAGACCUUCACAAAUACCACAAGAACUAUUAUCCCAUCCUGAGGUGUCUCCACACUCUGACCUCAUCCUUACCUCGAUACCCCCUUGGAAAGCAGAUCAGAGAGCUCCAUUUAACAUGUCUGGAGAAGAAUGUAUGGGAGCAUGAGGAUUAUCAUACAGCCAUGAAGCUUCUCAAGAUGUUGGCUAAAGACGAGCUGGUUGCCUCGCUGCAGAGCUGUGUGGACAUUCUGCAGCCUGUCAAGUCAAAGAAGAUGAAGGCUGCUCAUGUCCAACUGAAAGACCUGCUUGCCAAAUUUAAGCAGUUGGACACAGCAGGAGCUUGUGAAACUUCCCCCCCUGUGGAAGACUGUAUCACCUCUCCAAUCAAGAAUCUUCAAAAGAAAACAGAUCUGUUUCAGCUGCAGAAGACACUGCUGGAGAUGAACGAGUCUCGGAGAGCCAAAAAACUGAGUCCGUUUGAGGUUCUGCGAAAUGAAGCUCUCGAGUUUAUCGACAGCUUAGUAAAGAGUCACCUGUCUCCCCCUGAGUCUCAGACACUGUAUGAAGUUUGCUACUACAGUUCUUCUGCCACUGUGAGACGCCACCUGAACGCAACGCCUCGCACUUCCAUCCAGGCUUCACUCAGCAGUCCCUACUAUUAUCUUCAGAAUGAGAGCCUAAAGACUGAGGAUGGGACUGUCUCUAAUGCUGCUCCUGAUAUCUGCAUUGCAUACAAACUCCACCUGGAGUGUGGCAGGCUGAUCAACCUCUACGACUGGCUAGAAGCCUAUGCCACUGUGGUUUCUGCUGCAGAGGGUAAUAAUCCGGACUCUGACAAUUUCGAGAAAGUGGACGAAGUCAAACACGCCCGUUUCAUCCGAGCUGUGUCCGAGCUUGAGUUUUUGGGCUUCAUUAAGUCCACCAAGCAGAAGACUGACCAUGUGGCUCGACUCACCUGGGGAGGCUGCUGACUGAACAGUCAAAAAUAAACCACACACACACACACACACACUCUCUCUCUCUUCUUUCUGUACAUCUGUGGCUGCUGUCUUCCUACACUUAAGCUCUUAUCAAAUCUGACCUGGAUUUAUAUUUUGUACUGUAUUUUCCCCUCUAAUAAAAUGAGUAGUGUCUGA